GUGUGACUAGUGACUACUGCUUUGCAAAAAAAAAACACAAAAAAGAUAGCACAAACCAAUACAAAACAUACACGCAACGCAAACACACAAAACAUAAACAAAUACAAAAACAGAAACAAAAGUUACCCAAAUUCCAAAACCCAGCUACAAAAACAGCAACAACAACUCAAAAUUCAAUUCUUUUCUUUAUCUAUCACCGGUGCUUCGGCGCUAAGGAACUCUCUCACUCACACAAAAACAAUUUAAAAAAUCCUAAAAACAAACAAUAGUUGCUUUGGUUCUGUUGCUAUGUCGUGAAAUCUUGAUUUUUUUUGUUUCAACCAAUUCAUCAAACAAGAUCAACCCCAUUUCAUCUCUCAUGUCCAAACACCCAAAUUCAACUUCAAGUUAGAAUCUUUCCCUUUCUUUCUCACUGGGUACCUCAAUUUUUCAAUGGCUUGUCCUUCAAAUUCAAUCACCUACAAUGGUACCCUUUGUGCUUGCUUACCAGGGCAUGUUCUUGAUGCUGUGGAAAAGAGUUGCAACCUAUUUGAUGCUAAUUCAAACAUCACAACAGAUUCUGGGGUUGACUUCUAUGCUCUUAAACUCCCAGAGACACUUCCUGGAUUUGAUACCAUCAAGAAAUUUACACAGUCACAAGCUGUGUUCUUGGAGGCUACAUUUGUUAUGCUUCUCUCUUGGCUUCUAUUUUGCUUUUUUCUUAGGUUUAUGAGCCUUGGUGAUGGUCGUGGUGUGUGGUUUAAACUUAGGUGGAUUGUUAGUCGAUUGGAUAUUUGCUUUGCUACAAGGCAUUGUUUGGAUGAUCAGAAAGUAGUAACCAAACGCAAAACUGAACUUGGUGGAGCUUUCUCCAUAGCAAGUUGGAUACUUUUCAUUGGUUUAUUUGCCGCGUUGCUAUACCAGAUCAUAUCAAAGAGAUCAAUUGAGGUUCAUAAUGUACGAGCAACAAGUGCACCAGAGUUAACCUCGUUUCUCAAUGACAUGGAGUUCAAUAUAACAACCGUAUCAAGUAUGAGCUGUGCAAAUCUACGUGCUCUCGGUAAUUUAGUUACUGGAAAUCCGGGUUUUUUUGACGAAAGAGUUGUUUCUCUGUCAACUUUAGCAAACUACUCAUGUCACAAUUCCAGCAAGGGACCAACCAUAGCAAUCAAGUGUAAAGGUUGCAAGCUCAUAUCCGAUAACAUGUACAUUUCAUGGCAAUUUGUUGAUCUCCCAAAUAAUCCUGCCACUGCUGUUGGUUAUGAAUUCAAUCUCGCUGCAAUGGAUAGUGCUAAAAAGCAUGUCAGUUUUGUAAAUGGAACACUAAAGAAUGGAAGUGCUUUUGAUGAUAGGCCAGUUACAUUCAGAGGGAGGCAAUCAAAUAUUUUAAAAUUCAAUCUGUUUCCCCGAAUAUACCAUAAUUUACACGAUCUAAAGCUCAUUCAGCCUUUGUUUCAUGAGUUCCUUCCUGGUUCAGUUUUUCGCGAUACAAAUCAACUUCGAACGUCCCUUGAAAAUUCUGUUGACGGACUAGUCAACACCACAUUGUAUAUCAAUUUUCUUUCUGCUUAUGUUGUGGAGGUUGACAACGAGAGUAUUUUGGGUCCUGUGAGCUUCCUUGCAGACCUCGGUGGCCUGUAUUGCAUUAGCAUAGGCAUUUUUUUCUAUCUAUUGAUACAGUGUGAGUACAGGGUAAAGAAGCUCAGAAACGAGGAUAGUGUUUUGCGGUCAAUUAGAAACCGGCGUAAAGCUCAAGAUAAUUGGGACAAAUUGAGGAAAUAUGUAAAGUACACAUAUGGCUUUCCUACAAUGGAUGACGACAACUAUAAUAAAUCUAAAACGGAACCUUGUUGCAACGGGUUUAUGUUGCAUUCUAUUCAUGGUAGUGGUUCCUCACGUAAGCAAAGGCAGAAGGGCAAACCAAGUUCUAUAAAUUUGUACAAGAAAACGAGUUUACCUGCCAACAAGUCAUUUAGCAGCAUACCGCUUCAAUCUAUGAAUGAUUCAAAUAUGGAGCAGAGUGUUGGUUCAAGCAAAGAUUUCCUACCAUCUCAAUCUCAAAAAUCAUCUAUUAUUGAUGAUAACUUUAUUCCUCCUCCACCUUCACUAGAAUGCAAGGGUAGUUCUGAAAUGGACAUGGCUGAUAUUCAAAAGAAUCUCAAAAAUUUAUACGAGUAUAACAUGAUGUUAAGGGACAGAUUAUUAGCUGCGCAGUCUUCGCUCCAAUCUUCCUCAUCUAAUCACUCUUCUCAAAUAAAAAACAAUGGAACUUAGCAUAGGUAUCUUCACAGCAAACAGCAGUCCUUGAUGCACGAGCAUCAGACCGUCCCAUUAAUUUUUACAAGCAUGGACGUAGUAGAUUUACAAUGGAAGUUAAUUCUUGAUUGAAAACUUACCAAAGGGAAUUAAUGAUUGUAAAUCUUUUUGCAAUUUGAAAGUGGGAGAAUAUGCAGGACGGACCUCUUCAAAACCACAGUAUUCGUUACCAAUUAUUUUUCUGCAUUGAAAGCUGUUGUGCAUGUACAGAGAAGCAUGCUGAUCAACAUUUUGGUUUCAUCUGGUAUUCUUUGAUGAUUGUUGUUGUCAUAUUCUUUGUCGCUCUUCUGAUCAACAUCUUGUAUAGCCAGUGCUAGUGCUGUAUUUUGUGUAAAGGAAAGUAGUUCUGAACAUGUUUUUGCAUUAGUGUUCGUCAAACAUUGUAUGCUCGACUAUUUGUUUGUUAAAUGUAGUUUUACUCGACAUUUAUGUUCGUUA